CUCGCGCCCUGUCUGUCUGUCGACCCUCAUUCAUAAGUAAAUGUGUUCUUUCCAUGGAAUACAAAAAGAUGCGAGAGAGGGAAAGGAGAACUUCAGGGGAGUCAAGGGAAGAGAUCCGAAGAAGAGUGCGACCUUAAAUCAUUUUCAGAGUUUUUUUCCAUCCUCUUUGAUCCAUUUUCUGCACUGUGAACGUAAAGACGCACAAUGAGCCUGAGGACUUGCUGUCGAGAUUGCAGCAGAGGUUUCUUUAGCUGCCAACUGAAGAAACAGAGUGGUAAUACAAACAAGCGUUCCUGCUGCUGGUGCACAUUCGUCAGUGUUGGGGCCCUGGUUUCCAUCUGCUGGAUAUAUCUACUGAUCAUUUUCAAUGACCAAUACAAUUUAAAUGCGGACCUCUUCUAUAAGUUUCACAAGCAUUUGAAUUAUUUCAUGGUAAUGAUGACCGUUUCUGCCAUGUUUGCCAGCUACUGUGUUCUGCUGCUGCUUUUUGCAUUGGUUCAAGUUGCAUUGAGAGUGAAACUUCAUCUACACUGGCUGCACAGGAUCCUCAUUUUUAUUGGCGUGAUCUUAAUCGCCCUAGUGAUCACAGUAGCACUCAGUUUAUUCCCUCACGACCCAUGGACGGUUGCACCUAUUUCAUUCCAGUACACGGGUCCUUUCUUACAAUUCGGUGCUGUUGGAGCCUGGACUCUGCUCAGCUGGUUCAUCUUCCAGGCUUUCCAUGAGGCAAAAAAAGGAUCAAAGUGGAUAAUUGGUCUGGUAUUUGUUACUGUGUCAGCAUUCAUCUUUAUCUGUCCCAUCUUCAUCCGCUCACCCUGUUUGAUAUACCUAGAGGAUUUAGAAAACACAACCAAACCAAGUCUCUGGGGCCACAGAGGAGCACCAAUGCUUGCCCCGGAGAACACCAUGAUGUCGUUUGAAAGGAGUGCAACUGUUUGCAAUGUGACGUUGUUUGAGACAGACGUGCAGCUUAGCAAAGACGGAAUUCCUUUUCUGAUGCACGACAAUAAGUCAGGGUUCCUCAAUAGAACAACAAAUAUUACAACACUGGUCGAAAGUGGCAAAGAGUGGAACUUUAAUAAGCUGAGGAGUCUAAAUGCGGGGGAAUGGUUCAUUAAGGCAGAUCCUUUUCAUACAGUGCACCUGCUUAAAGAAGAACAGAAAAAGAAAGCUAAAGAGGAAAAAAUACCUAAACUAAGUGAGCUACUUGAGCUCGCCAUAAAGACAGAAAUUCCCGUUAUGUUUGACUUGUAUGUUCGUAAUAACAGUAAUACCACAGAGGUAGAUAAAGACGCUGAAGACAUUGUGAAGACCAUCCAGAAUUCUAGAAUUGACUCCAGACUGAUCUACUGGCUUAAUUCAGAAAAAAGAAAGCGUCCAACAAAUGCUGCAAACUUCACCCAGGUUUACGAAAACGAAGAUGAGAUGCAUAAAGAAAAUGGAUUUCGCCUCAAUGUGAAGUUUAGUGAAUUUAGUAUGGACAAAAUCAGGGAUCUUCGGAAAGAAGGCGUAAAGGUGAACGUGUAUGUGGUGGACAGGCGCUGGCUCUUCUCUCUGUUUUGGUGUGCAGGGGUCAGUUCCGUCACCACCAAUGCCUGCCAUGUCCUAAAAGAGAUGGAGCAGCCUGACUGGCACAUGUCACCCGAUGUAUACAGAACAACAUGGAUAUCGGUAGAUGUUGCAUCCUUUAUGAUAAUGAUUGCUAUCUUUUGCUAUCAGUGGAAGAAAAGAUGUUCAUAUCUCAAUAAAGGGAUCUUAUGAAUUAGAAAUCUUUCCUUUAGUUUGAACACUAACAGACCUCGCCAGGCCCAGAGCAGCUGCCCUUUCUGCAUCACCACAGCAUUAUUAAACCUUUGCAGGUCAAAAGGAAGAAAUAAAAGAGUAUUGGGCAUACGUUUAUUUUUUUUUUCUUAUAAAGCUGUGAAAAAAUAUUUUGUUUCCUUUUCUAGGACUUUAAAGAUUGUGUUUAAAUAUCAGUCUUUGUCUUUAAGAUCAGGAUUGCAUCAGGAAAAGGACCUGGUGUAAAAACUUUAAGUCUGUGAGCACACUGUAAUGACUUACUGUGGUAACGUGUGAAAAAUAGAGCAGCCAAAACGACUCAUUGUCUUUUUUCCGAUACAUAAAACUGUGUCUUUUGAUGAUAAUAUGUAAAGGCUAUGCCUGAAAUACUUUGACUUUACUUAUAUAUAUAUAUCUAGAUAGAGAUAGAGAUAUAUAUCUUUUUUUUUUCUUUUUUUUUUUUUACACAGUUCAAGAGUAGCUACAGUUCAGCUCCAAAUGUUUCAUAACCCUGACAUUAAAAUUUUAAAUAAUUCUAUUUAAGAAAUCUGUAUUGGAAAAAAAAAAGGGACAGCCGUCUACUUAAAAAUAACAACAUGACAAAUAUUGUUUUAAAUGAAAACUAAAUGUCAUUAUUACUGAUUAGUUUUUUUUUUUUUUUACAUUCCUCCACUGUUAUAUUGACAGUUUAUCAUCUAGGGGAGCUCCAGGUCUGAGUUUGAAAAGCCUCCAUGUCAUCACCCUAAUCUCUGACACUUUAAAUGACUAAAAUGGUCUAAAGAAAUAUGUGAGGGUUAAUCUGAUGGGGUAUAAACAAUUAAGAGCUCUAUUGUAGCAUUUCCACUACAAGAAAAACAUCUGUAACCUGAGCCAAAUAACCAGAACUGCAGCUUUUUUGUAUGUUUAAAUGUUUAAACUGUAUUCUGUUUGUGUGUUACUACACUGUCUGGUCUCAGGGAAUAAACAGAAACUUUGUAUUUUAAAAGUAAAGGAAUAUGAUUAUGAAAAGGUCAACAUUCUUCAGAGUGGGUUUUAAGGAUAUGUUAAGGGGGAAUGAAAUUGGGUUUGUGGUUUUCAAAUCCAACUUUUACAUAAGGAAGACAAAUAAAAACAAAAUUUAAACAUCUGACAUUAAUUAUUUUAAUGACGUUAAGCCAUUCCAAAGGGUUUGUCUUACCAUAUAUUCAUUUUAAACGUUCAGUAAAAAGAUCGAAAAGAGUGACUGAAUUAAAUACAGAAAGAAUUAAGAAUUCAAAACAAUGUUACACACACACACACAUAUAUAUAAAAUAUCUUAAUAAAUCUUAACUUUAUAUGCUGUGAUUUAAUGUGUUGUUUUUUUUCCGUUGUGGUUAAAUAUACUGAUGAGAAAAUAAUAUUAACAUUUGUAUUAUGUUAUUCCAGAGACUGUGCACUUCAGUAAUAUGCAAAAU